UCUUGUGCGAGCAUCCCGUCUCCUUCCCCGGUGUCCCCUCCCCCGGGGGGCCCUUCGCCUUCGCGUCCCGUAGAAAUGCCCACACCACGCCAGCAGCCGCGCACUUAGUCACUCGAGGGUGCCGGUACAAGUCGCUCCCAGACUGGAGCCCACAUUCCUGGCACCGGAGAACCCGUCCCCGCGCUCUGGCUGCCCACCUCCGGCCAACCCCCACCCCCCGGGAGUCCCAGCCCUUUUGCAGAGAGCCAUCUGUCCUCAGCUCCUGGAGCCCCCUCUGUACGACCAUGGCUGGGCUGCUGAAGAGGAAGUUUGACCAGCUGGAGGAGGACUUCUUGGGCUCCUCCUCGUUACCCUCAUCCUCUGGCUGUCUCUCCCUCUCCUCCUCCCCCGGGUCUUCUGUCUUCCCUGCCUGGAACUCGGAUGAGGAGGGACUGUGUGGUCAGGCACCCCGGCCCGACCAGGACUCCUGUGGCCUCCCAAGUUUCACUCCCCCGUCCAUCCUGAAGCGGUCUCCUCGGGAGCGUUCAGGUCGCGUGACCUUUGACGGCAUCACUGUCUACUAUUUCCCGAGGUGCCAGGGAUUCACCAGUGUGCCCAGCCGUGGUGGCUGCACCCUGGGCAUGGCUCCCCGCCACAGCACCUGCCGGCUCUUCUCCUUAGCUGAGUUUACACAGGAGCAGGUCCGGGCUCGGCGGGAGAAGCUCCGUCAGCGCCUGAAGGAGGAGAAACUGGAGAGGCUGAAGUGGAAGCUUUCUGCAGCUGGAGUUCCAGCGACGGGGACGGGCUUACCCCUCACAGUGGACGCCAUCGAUGACGCCUCUGUCGAGAAUGACCUGGCAGUGGCUGUAGCAGGCGGCCGCUUGGAGGAUGUGAAUUUCCUGCAGCCCCAUCCGCCUCGGCAGCGACGGGCCCUGCUUCGGGCUUCGGGUGUCCGGAGGAUCGACCGAGAGGAGAAGCGAGAACUGCAGGCGCUGCGUCUAUCUCGGGAGGACUGUGGGUGUCGCUGUGAUGGAGUCUGCGACCCCGAGACCUGCAGUUGCAGCCUGGCUGGCAUCAAGUGCCAGAUGGAUCACACAUCGUUCCCCUGUGGCUGCUGCCGUGAGGGCUGUGAGAACCCCAAUGGCCGUGUGGAAUUCAACCAGACAAGAGUUCAGACGCAUUUCAUCCACACGCUCACCCGCCUGCAGAUGGAGCAGGGUGCCGAGAGCCUGGGGGUUCUGGAGUCUCCCGUCCAGGAUGGUCCCAUCGAACAACAAACCCCGGUUUCCCCUUUCCCGCUGGCCAACCCCCCUGUGAGCAGUGAGCUGGGGGACAACAGCUGCAGCAGCGACAUGACCGACUCCUCCACCUCCUCAUCCUCCGGCAAUAGCGAGCCUCCGGACCGCCUCGCCCACCCCAGCCCUCCAGGACCCGGCUUCCAGUCCGGCGUGGAUGAGGACAGCCUGGCACAGAUCCUGAAUUUCAGUGACUCUGACUUCGGCGUUGAGGAGGAAGAGGAGGAGGAGGAGGCAAGGGGUGUGGGCAGCUUGGAUAACCUCAGCUGUUUCCAUCUGGCUGACAUCUUUAGUGCCGGUGACCCCAGCAGCCUGGCCGGAUGGACUCACGGGCAGUCUUACUCGACUAGCCUGGCGGCGGGCAUCCUCGAUGAGAACGCUAACCUGGACGCCAGCUGCUUCCUACAUGGCGGGCUCGAAGGGCUGAGCGGAGGUAGCCUCCCUGGCAGUCCUGGGUCCUCUGGGGCAGAGGCUGUGCAGAGUGGUUCCGUGGACCUCAGCUUAUCCUCCUGUGACUCCUUUGAGUUCUUCCAGGCCUUGCCCGAUUACAGUCUGGGUCCUCACUAUACUUCCCGCAGGGUAUCUGGCAGCCUGGACAGCCACGAGGCCCCCCACCUUUUGCCCAGCUUCUCUCCGCCAAGGGAUGCCAGCACUUGCUUCCUGGAGUCCCUCGUGGGCCUGUCGGAGCCGGUUACUGAUGUCCUGGCACCUCUUCUGGAGAGCCAGUUUGAGGACACUGCCUUGGCACCUUUGAUGGAGCCCGUGCCAGUGUGAGGACUGAGGUGCCGUUUCCCUGCCCCCAGAGCCCCGUUGCUGCUUUCUGUGAUUUUUUUGGGGGGGUUCCCCAAGGUCUAUGUGAUGUAACGGUCUCCUGUGGGCUGGUCCUGGCCAUGGGUGCUAAAUGCACCCUCUUAUUUUUACAUUAACACUCUGAAUUUAUUUAUUUUUUUUUAUUUUUAUUCUGUACUAAAGAGAGGGUGGUGAGGGGUGUCCCUCUUUCAAUGCCUGGUCCCUCUAGCCAGACAAGAGGUCUUCCACCUCCCAGUGUGUGCCAGAAGAAGGGAGGGAGGGAGCUCUCCUGGAGCCUCAGAUCCAUUUUCUUCCCACCGUAAUGUGCUCCUCAGUCCAAAGACAGCGACAGGGCUGAAAACGGGGGCUUCUGGCUUCCUGCGAGCCGUGGGGGCUAGAUCUCCUGGACUGUGAAGAUGUAAUUUAUUUCUGUAAUUUAUUUGGGGGCCGCGGCAUCAGUGGCUGAGCCUCUCUGGCAGGUGGGCGGUGUUGGGGCACAGCCCCUUCAGUGUACCCUGGCUGUCUGGGCUUUGGUGUGGACCCUGUGGGUUGGAGCCUGUGGUCAUCAGUCAAGCUGCCUGGCUCCUCACCAGCCUUGACCAAAACCCCCUUUGCCCCUGCCGGGUCACUCUCCUUGUCCUCUGCCCGCGUCCCUUUUCCCAAGGCUGUGGGUUACAGAGCCCCUCCUGUAGGAUGGGAAGCCAGAGGCCCCAAAAAGGGCAAUGGGCCUGCCUCAGGAUAUGAGGUGCACCCCAUAAUGCACCCCAGAUCACUGUCUCAGGGCUUUCUGGGCACUGAACUCCACCGGAGCCCACCGUGUGCCCCUAGGCCAGUUGGCGAGGCGUGCCUCUUGAGGGGCUUUUAUGCCCUUCGUUAGCUGGUGUUGGAUUUUGUAUGCAUUUUUAUAUUGUCUCUAAGUGUCAGAACUAUAAUUUAUUCAUUUCUUUUUGUGUGUGUGCCAAGAAACACAGGCUCUGGGCCUGCCUCCUUGCCCAGGAGAGGAGGCCUUGCCAGCCUGUGUGCUUGUGGGAACACAUUGUACCUGAGCUGACAGGUACCAAUAAAGACGCUCUAUUUUUAA